CGGGGUUCAGGCGCCUUCACCUGCACCGGAAGUUGAGUGAAAAUUGUGCUCCCGAUUUUUAGAUUGAUGUAGUAAAUUAAAUAGCCUGGAGCUAGUCAAAAAGUCAAACGGUCCAAAGAAAGCCAUGAAGGGGAACACAGCGAUCCUAUGCCCAGCGGCUGCAGUAUCUUGGAGAAAAUGCAUCGCUGAAGUGCUCUUCACAGGUAUCCACGGCUGGAGGCGUUGACUGGAUGGUCGAGGUGAGACUCCUCCUCCGAGCUGGAAACAGAUCACUUCAUCGAUAAAGCCCCCAGAGCCGACCUCUGGUGACCCCAGCAUGAGCCACACCGGAGGCUGGAGUGGCUGCCUGGUGGGGGAAGCCCCCUGAAGAAAGAAACUGAGGGUCUCCCAUCCUCACAUGCGUCAGGAGGUCUGAUGAGAAAACUCCACCCCCCAAGUGACGGGAGAAACGAAUGAGGGGGAGGGAUGGAUGGAUGGAGACAGAUGUGUGGGUACGUUCCUUUGUCUCCUGUGCUGUACUUCAAAAAGUCCCACCUAACGGGCUGGUGCGAGGGCCAGUGAUGAGAAGGAGAUGAGAAAAGCAGGAACAAAAGGCUGGAUGAUGAAAGCGUGGGCGUCGGAGCCGAGGGACGGAUGGGGGAUGAUGGGAUGGGACGGGGCAGCGGUUGUAGGCUGACGGAGGAGUAUUGAUCUAUUGAUUUACACAGGUGGUAUUUGUGUGAAGAGAGGUGUUUUCUUCCCCAACAGUACAACACACUCUGUUAUUCAUCUCCUUGUGGAAAUUGCGACAAAAUGCAGAAUGCACGUUGGGCAGCGGAGGCGAGUUCUCUUUAAAAACCAGGCAGACCCCCUCAGCUGCUUCUCUGUGCAGCCGAGGCCUCGUGGGGAAUGUCAUUUAGCUAGCGAUGCCUUCAGUGGAUUGGAACCAGGCCUCCAGGCUCUGGACGCACAGCUGAGUGAAGUGAAACUGGAGCCAACAUUAGCAAAGGCCUUGCAGGAGCCAUUUUGGGGCCAAGCCUGCAGUAAUGAUGACAUGAGCUGGGCUCUGGGCAGACAGGUGGGAACACAGACAGGUGUCACCGGGGGUCUGUGCUGCACUGCUCAGCCUGUCAACACGCUCAACUGGCUUUUGCUCACAGCUGAGAAUUAAUGGGCAGGAACAGACACACGGACAACGUGUGGCUCUGCUCAACAGCAGCCACUCAUUUAGCCAUGAAGGGAAUGUGUGUAUAGAACAGAUUAAGGCUCUGUUGUCUGUUGUAAAUGAUACAGAAUCGAGCAAUUCCUUAAUUGUCUUUCACAGACUCUGCUGCUGGAGGCCUUGAAGGAGAGGCCUCUCAGCCUGUGCCACCAGGACGAUGCUUCGACCUUCAGCCUCAAACGGCCCACAGACUUUUUAAAGAGUGGCUCUGCCUGAUGCUCUAUCAUGACUGAUGGAGAAGGGAGAGUGCGCUUUCAGUAUGCAGAGGAGCAGGAGCAGGAGGAGGAGGUGCAGGAGGAGGUGAGGCUCGCCAUACCCACCCCGUACAGGAGCAACCCCCCGGGGUGCGAUGAGGAGGAGGAGGAGGAGGAGGAGGAGGUGAAGUGGAGGAGGCGGAGGACGAGAAGCCGGAGCGGAGGUGAUUGGAGCCCUGAGGUUCAGGAGCACGAGGAGGAGCUGGAAGUGGGGCCGACGCUGGGAGUUCGGAUCACGGCUCCUAUCCGUGAUCCCGACUGCGUGUCGGAGGAGGAGGAGCAGCAGCCGUACCCGGCUCUGUCGCCCAUGGCCUUCUUCUGCCUCAAGCAAACAACCAGGCCCCGCAACUGGUGUCUGCGAGUGGUCUGCAACCCAUGGUUCGAGCACGUGUCCAUGCUGGUGAUCCUGCUCAACUGUGUGACGCUCGGGAUGUUCCAGCCCUGCGGAGACGUCAAAUGCCAGACGGAGUGGUGCCAAAUCCUCCAGGUUUUGGACGACUGUAUAUUUGCUUUCUUUGCUGUGGAGAUGGUCAUCAAGAUGGUGGCCCUGGGAAUUUUCGGGUCCAAUUGUUACCUUGGAGACAAGUGGAACCAGCUUGACUUCGUCAUCGUCAUGGCAGGGGUGAUGGAGUAUUCUCUGGAUGGGCAGAACGCCAGCCUGUCGGCCAUUCGGACCGUGCGAGUGCUCCGGCCACUGCGAGCCAUCAACAGAGUCCCAAGUAUGCGGAUCUUGGUGACGCUGCUGCUGGACACGCUGCCCAUGCUGGGGAACGUCCUCCUGCUCUGCUUCUUUGUCUUUUUCAUUUUCGGCAUUGUGGGAGUCCAGCUGUGGGCGGGUCUUCUGCGCAACCGCUGCUUUCUGGGAGAUGAAGACGUUCGAACGAUUUACAACUUGUCCAUAAAUCGUUACUACAUGACAGAAGAGGGUGAGGACAACCCGUUCAUCUGUUCCGCUGCCCGUGAGAACGGGAUGAGGCGCUGCCAUGAUGUCCCGCGUUACUCCGAGGGCGGGGCCGAGUGCUCAUUGGCCCCUCCCCACCCACCGUCGUCCCUGAUUGGCCCGGCCCUCGCAGCAGGAGGGGCCAGUGUUAACGGCUGCAUCAACUGGAACCUGUACUACAACGUGUGUCGCCCCGGUGACUUGAACCCUCACAAAGGAGCCGUCAACUUUGAUAACAUUGGCUACGCCUGGAUAGCCAUAUUCCAGGUUAUUACGCUGGAAGGAUGGGUGGAUAUCAUGUACUAUGUCAUGGAUGCACACUCCUUCUACAAUUUUAUAUAUUUUAUAUUACUCAUUAUUGUGGGCUCUUUCUUCAUGAUCAACUUGUGCCUCGUGGUCAUCGCCACCCAGUUCUCUGAGACGAAGCAGAGGGAGAACGCUCUGAUGCGGGAGCAGCGAGCGCGCUACAUGUCCAACGACUCCACGCUCGCCAGCUACAGCGAGCCGGGCUCGUGCUACGAGGAGAUGCUGCGCUACAUCAGCCACCUUUACCGGAAGUUUACCCGCAGGAUGCAGAGGUUAUACUCUGGAUGGCACAGCAAACGGCGUAAAAAGGUCAAUCCUAAUGGAAGCAGCGGAGGCAGCAAUGGAGGUAACGGACACGGCCACAGUUCCAACAGGGGCUGCGGAGGCUCCGGCAGCGCAGUGUGGUUGAGACCCAUCUAUAACCUCCUACAGCACCAUCAGCACCAGCACUGUCGCCUCAGCAACGGCGGGCAGCACACCGUCGGCGUGGCGGCCGCUGAGCACACGGAUGGAGGCGGCGGGGAGGAGCUGGAGAUGAAGUCGCUCUCCGUCCCCAGAGGAAGCACAAACGGCGGCGGCGGCGGAGCCAAUCCCGCCGCCGUCGCUCACAGCAUGGGGGCGCUGCUCCGGCGGCUCAACGGCGGCAUGAACUACCCCACCAUCCUGCCGUCUUUCGUGUGCAGCUACAGCAGCAAGACCCCGCCGCCCCACUCCCAGCAGCGCGAGACCAGUGCUGAGCAGCACCCGUCCAACCAUUCAACAUCUGAGCACGCAGAGACACUGAACAAGCUCCACCAGCUGAUGGGACAGCACAGUCGCCAGAGGCUGCUGUACCAGCUGGCGGGUGUGGUGCCCAGCCCCCUGCUGCUGGAGCUGCUCAGCUGCCCUCCGUGCGCCCGCAGCCUGGAGACGCUGGAGCUGGAGCUGGGAGACCUGGAGGGAGGCAGGGGGGAGGUGGACGGCCUGCACGACUUCCCCCAGGGGGGCGAUUUGAGAGGCGGGAGAGGUCGGGGGAGACGGCGGGGCGUCGUGGAAUACAAAAAUGGAGUGGUUCAGGCCUGGGUGGACUUCAGGGAGAAGCUGAGGCGGAUCGUGGAGAGUAAAUACUUCAACCGAGGGAUCAUGAUCGCUAUCCUCGUCAAUACUCUGAGCAUGGGGAUCGAGUAUCACGAGCAGCCAAAGGAGCUGACUGAUGUGUUGGAAAUCAGCAACAUAGUCUUCACCAGCAUGUUUGUGCUGGAGAUGGGCUUCAUGCUGCUGGCCUUUGGGUUUUUCGGCUACAUAAGGAACCCGUACAACAUCUUCGAUAGCAUCAUCGUCAUCAUCAGCGUGUGGGAAAUUAUAGGCCAGGCAGACGGCGGGCUGUCGGUGCUGCGGACCUUCCGCCUGCUGCGGGUGCUGAAGCUGGUCCGCUUUCUGCCAGCGCUGAGGAGGCAGCUGGUGGUGCUGAUGAAGACCAUGGACAACGUGGCCACGUUCUGCAUGCUGCUGAUGCUUUUCAUUUUCACCUUCAGCAUACUGGGCAUGCAUCUGUUCGGCUGUAAGUUCAGCCUCCGCACGGAGAAUGGAGACACUAUCCCCGACCGCAAGAACUUUGACUCCCUCCUCUGGGCCAUCGUCACCGUAUUCCAGAUUCUUACCCAGGAGGACUGGAAUGUGGUGUUGUAUAACGGCAUGGCCUCCACCUCUCCAUGGGCAGCGCUCUACUUUGUGGCUCUCAUGACGUUUGGAAACUAUGUGCUCUUUAAUUUGCUAGUGGCCAUCUUGGUUGAGGGUUUCCAGGCUGAGGGUGAUGCCAACAGGUCUGAGUCCGAUGAUGAGAAGAAAUCAGACAACUUUGAGGAAGAUGAGAAGGUGGAGCAGCUCAGAGACACUGAGCUAAAGAUGUACUCCCUCAUGAUGACAGCAAAUGGCCACGUUGACCCUCGUGGCUCACUGCCGCCUCCCAUAAUCAUGCGCACGGCAGCCACCCCCAUGCCGACUCCUAAGAGCUCUCUGGGGCCCGAGUCUGUCCUGGGGGAUGAGCUCGUGUACAGGGAGGGGGUGUCUCAGUAUGGCGAGCUUGGACUGAGCUUGUCUGAGGCAAGAGCAGGUCAUAGCGAGUCUCGCCGGGGGAGCUCCGCCUCCAUGGACCCCGCGGCCUACGACCAGCGUUCUCUGAACCUCUCGAGUCCCGGCCGGCGCUCCCCUCUUCCUCCGCGUGGCUCUGGCAGUUCGUGGGGGAGCCGUCGCUCCAGCUGGAACAGCCUGGGCCGGGCGCCGAGCCUCAAGAGGCGAGACCCCAGCGGAGAGAGGGAGAGCCUGUUGUCCGGGGAGGGGGGCGAGGAGGACGAUGGCAGGGACGAAAGGGAGGAGGCCGGGGGAAACAACAGAUUACGACCGGGGUCCCUGGAGCUGCUGCAGGCGUCUGCUCUCUGCCCCUCUGUAGCCGUGGAGUACAGCGACUGUAACGGACGAACCCUGACCUACGACCCCAUCUGCGACCCCAAGGAGGACUCCUCGCCAGAGGAUGACAUGGAUGAUGAUAGUUCCUUGUGCUAUUGGCUCAAAAGGGAGAUCGACAGCAUGAAGCCCCGCUGGUGCAGAGAGCACGAAGACUGGACUCUGUAUCUGUUCUCUCCAGAAAACCAGUUACGCGUGUGGUGCCAAGGUCUGAUCUCGCACAGAAUGUUCGACCACGUGGUUCUGGUUUUCAUCUUCCUGAACUGCAUCACUAUUGCUCUGGAGCGGCCUGACAUCCAGGCACACAGCGGGGAACGAAUAUUUCUGAGCGUGUCCAACUACAUUUUCACUGUGAUUUUCCUGGCAGAGAUGGCCAUUAAGGUGGUGGCUCUCGGUUUCUGCUUCGGGAAGCAGAACUACCUCCAGUCCAGCUGGAACAUUUUGGACGGCUUGUUGGUGUUCGUGUCUCUGGUGGACAUCCUAGUGUCUCUGGCCUACACUAGUGGAAACAGGAUCCUGGGCAUCCUCAGAGUCCUGCGCCUGCUGCGGACCUUACGCCCACUGAGGGUGAUCAGUCGAGCUCCAGGGUUGAAGCUAGUUGUGGAGACUCUCAUCACCUCCCUCAGACCCAUCGGGAACAUUGUGCUCAUCUGCUGCGCCUUCUUCAUUGUCUUUGGAAUCUUGGGCGUGCAGCUGUUCAAAGGGAAGUUCUAUCACUGUGAAGGUCUGGACACAAAGAACAUCACCAAUAAGUCGGACUGUGAGCAGGCAAAUUACCGCUGGAUACGAAGGAAGUACAACUUUGACAACCUGAUUCAGGCCCUGAUGUCAUUAUUUGUACUGUCGUGUAAGGACGGCUGGGUCAACAUCAUGUAUGAUGGGCUAGACGCAGUGGGUGUGGACCAGCAGCCUGUGAGAAACCACAACCCCUGGAUGCUGCUCUACUUCAUCUCCUUCCUCCUCAUCGUCAGCUUCUUCGUCCUCAACAUGUUCGUUGGUGUCGUGGUGGAGAACUUCCACAAGUGCCGGCAGGACCAGGAAGAGGAGGAGGCCCGGCUACGGGAAGAGAAGAGGCUCAAAAUGAUGGAGAAAAAGCACAGGAGUAAGGAGAAUGGAGGGGCUGAGGCCAAGCAGAGGCCGUACUACGCCGACUACUCGCCCGUGCGCCUGUGGAUCCACACGUUGUGCACCAGUCACUACCUGGACCUCUUCAUCACCUUCAUCAUCUGCAUCAACGUGUUCACCAUGAGUGUGGAGCACUACAACCAGCCACAGUACUUGGAGGAGGUUCUGAAGUACUGCAACUACGUCUUCACGUGCAUCUUCAUCGUUGAGGCCCUGCUCAAACUGGUGGCGUUUGGGAUACACCGCUUCUUCAAAGACAGAUGGAAUCAGCUGGAUGUGGCUAUCGUGGCGUUGUCCAUCAUGGGCAUCAUCCUGGAGGAGCUGAAGAUGAACGCAGCGCUGCCCAUAAACCCCACCAUCAUCAGAAUCAUGAGAGUGCUGCGAAUAGCAAGAGUGCUCAAGCUUCUGAAAAUGGCCACGGGGAUGAGAGCUCUGCUGGACACCGUCAUGCAAGCGCUGCCGCAGGUGGGGAAUCUUGGACUGCUCUUCAUGCUGCUGUUCUUCAUCUACGCUGCACUGGGAGUGGAGCUCUUUGGCAAACUGGAGUGCAACGACAACAACCCGUGCGAGGGCCUCAGUCGUCACGCAACCUUCGAGAACUUUGGGAUGGCCUUCCUCACGCUGUUCCGAGUGUCCACGGGGGACAACUGGAACGGGAUCAUGAAGGACACGUUGAGGGACUGCCGCCCGGAGGACAGCCACUGUCUCACCUACCUGCCGCUGGUCUCUCCCAUUUACUUCGUCACCUUUGUCCUCAUGGCCCAGUUUGUGCUGGUCAAUGUGGUGGUGGCCGUUUUAAUGAAACAUCUGGAGGAAAGCAACAAGGAGGCGAAAGAGGAAGCAGAGAUGGACGCAGAGAUCGCCCUGGAGAUGGAAAUGGAACGGCAACGCAGGUUAAGCACGACCUCCAACAGCUCCGCCGGAGGGACGUACGUCGGGCCUUGUCCGAACUCACCUGGACAGGAGGACGAGGCCAACGACGGCCACGACGCGUCCUCCAGGAAGAUGUCUGUCUCCAGGAUGCACUCUCUGCCCAACGACAGCUACAUGUUCCGGCCCGUGCGGCCCGCCAGCGCCCCUCACCCCCUGCAGGAGGUGGACGUCAGUCCGCAGCACCAGCAUUCAGGCUCGGUGACGUCCGUCCGCUCCCAGCCGUGUGAGAGGCGCUGCCUGCUGCAGGUACCGGACGCGUCCCCCGCCCGCCGCCAGCCUCCUCCCGCCCUCCCCCUCCCCCACAUCGCCCCACCCACGCCCAGCCCCUCCCCGCGAACCCUCCACAGACAGGUGGCAGUUAAAGUGGAUUCAGUGGAGUCCCAGGGUUUUGAGCAACAGGAGCGGCCCGGUCCCAUCUAUCUGCCUCCCCCGUCCCCCUCCUCGCUCUCUCCCCAUGCCUCCUCCCCCUCCCUUCCUCCUCCGCCUCCCUCCUCUCCCUCAGCUCUCUCCCUCCCCCCCUGCUCCCCUUCUGCUUUCUCCCUCCCUCCUCCCCCAUCCUCCCCCGUGCUUCUGCUCCCUCCGCCUCCAUCUCCCCGUCUUCCAUCGCGUCAUUCCAGCCUCCGGAGGCACAGACCGCCCUCCGCCGCCUCCCUUCGCGACCCGGCCGAUGAGGAGGUGUAUCACAUCACCAGCUCGGCCUGCCACCGGUGGAGAGGGGAGGACGGCGGGGGGCAGGAGAGCAGGGCGAAGGCCGCCCGCAGCCACUCUCUGUCCCCGUACACCACCCCCUACUCCCCGGACUCCAAGUCCACCGCUCGACCUCCUCCCCCACAGCUGCCGAGUUGCUCCUCGAGGAGCGCGCUCAGUCUGCUUGGCGCGGGAUUGAAAGACCGGGACUUUAGGAAGGGCUUCAGCGCCGACACCCAGGCCCUCCUGGAUGCGCCGCCGCCGUCUUUGUGCGCCGGUUACUCCGACGACCAGCGCCGCCACUCCAUCGAGGUCUGCCUCCCGCAGGUCAUCACCGGGGAGCAGCCCGGCACGGGACAGGAAGCCCGGCGUCCGGAGAAGGGAGGGCCAUUUCCUGUGAGGGUGCAGUCGGUCGGCGGCGGCCACAGAAAGAAGAAGAUGAGUCCUCCCUGCAUCUCCAUCCACCCGCCCUCGGAGAGGGAGGCGCCCCCGAACGCCUCGCCCCCGAAGCUGGCCGACUGCAGCAUGCUGCUGCGGCGCCGCACGCCGUCCUACGACCUGACGCCUCACCUACGGGCCAACGCGGACGCCUCAGCAGACGCGCCGGCGCAGUCGCCGCUGCACGCAACGCUGACGCCCGGCCACGCGACGCCGCCGGCGCCCUCACCCACGCGCUCACUGACGCCAUCGCCGACGCCCACGCACGCCUACGCGGCACCGCCUCCGUCCACGCCCACUCACCCGCACAUCCCCAUGAGCCCCAACGUCUUCAUCCAGCCCCGGGCGCCGCUUUUCGCCAGCCCCGCGCCGUUCUCACAGCCACAGACCCGGUCCCCCAUCGCCGUGGGCUACAACAGCCUGCCCCGGUUCACCUUCGACCAGCCGCAGUCCAGAUACAUGAGCCUCUCAGACACCGACUCGGAGCCCUGCUCGUCCCCCUUUGACAACAGACUGGGGAACGGUGCUGGAUUCAGCGCAAAGAACCGCAGGACCGCCCAGUAAACAAUGACCGAUGCCUUCAGGAAGUCACUUUAUUAGUCCAAAAUCUCUGAAGCUUGAAUAUGAAGCCUCAACAGAGAUUGGUGCUGGGUGGAAAGAUGGGUUUUCUGGGCGAGGGCCUUUUUCUUGGUGAGACAUUGAUCACUCUGUUCAGAGGAUGCUGGUUCACAGACAGCACAUCCAGCGAGGCUGAAUGAGUCAGACUGUACUCACAGACUCGGUGUGUUGGGACUAACAGCAGCAACGCACCAGGACUCAAGCCACCUAACUUCGUAGCCAAAGUUCUUUUUGACACACUGUACCUACCCAUGCAAGCCAAUCAGGAAGCAGCGUCUGGCUGAUGACCUCUGACCUUUGCAGGAAGCGGUUUGCGACAAGCGAGCGUGGGGGGGAGGGAUUGUGGGAUAUGCAACUUCAGGUUUUCUACAGAAGUUCUGCUUGCCCCUCCUCUUCUCCUCGAUCACAUUGAUCAGAGUGCGAGUGCGUGAAUGUGAGCGUGUGCGGAGUCGGCCAUGUUCCUACGCCUGCAGUCACAGAGGGGGAGCAGGGCAGAGCUGUAGUUUAGGUUGAUCUGUGGAUCUGUGCAGUGUAAAUAAAGGGAAAUACUGUAUUUGAGAUGUGAGAUUUAAAAUAGCUCUAUCCAUAUGCACAUAUUUUUAUAGAGAUCUAAACUGGUUUUGCACAGAUUUGAAUUUGAAUUUCAACUUGCUUGUUUUUCGUUGUCUUCUCGUGAAUGUAUGUUUCUUUCCAGAGCAGAUUGAGACGGGAGGAGCUCCGCCCUCCUCUCAGCGCUCAGCCUAGGUUGGGAUUUUAUUUUUCUACUUUGAGAAAGGGACAGAAGAGGCCGGGGGCGCGAUGUGUUUCUGUAGCGUUGUCUCGGGCGUCCGUGUAUGCGGUGUCCACGCAGCGGCCUGGAGGAGCGGGCUCAGUGAUGCCGCCUGCAGACGGACCUGCACGUGGACGUGACCUGCUUUUGGCGGCCAUCUUGGGAGCCGCGGCAUCGCUGAGCCUGUCCGUCCACAGCUGCUCUCAGGCUGGAGCAGCUCUGACACCCGUUCGUGUUCGUGUACAUCUAAAGACAACCAAACUAACUUUUAUGUGUAGCCAGAGUGCAAUAAUAAUAAUAAUACAUAUAUAUAUAUAUGAAUAUAUAAGUGGAAAAUAUAGUGAGAUCCACAUCACAUGAAACAACCACACUCUUGUGUUUGUACAUACUGUAGAACUGCUCUAUAUGAUAUGAACCCAUUUUAAUGCCCAUCCAGAGUACGUGACGCGCCUGUAGGUUCGGCUCCUGUGCGGCCGUGACCGGAGCAGUAGGUUCUGUAGAGUUCUCCUGAAGCCCGCACCGGCCCACUGAUGGCGGCCGGCUUUUAACCCCCGACUUCAAACACGUCCCGAGCAACGGUUUUGCUUCUGUCUAAAAGAGGAACCAUGCGACGCUUCAGGUGCAAAGUGUUUCCUUCCAGUGAAUGUCGUGUUUGAUCAAGCCAUACUUUUAUUCCCACGCAGCGCGACGUGUGUUGUCCUCCAUCGGUGCAGCGAUGCAGCACGCGCUUCAAGCGCAGGCUUCCUUCAGAGGCAGCAUCUGCGAUCGACGGGCGACAUGCACAAGACCUCAGUAAGAUGAGUGAUGCCGUAUCAUCCACCUGCAGAACCUAAGUACCGUCAGAUCAGUUGAUAGGAUGGGUUGACAUGAAGUCAGGGGACGAAGGACUUGUAUCUUCCUUUUUUUAAAUACAAGUUUGGUCUAAAAACUCAUAAAACGGGCAUUAAACCUCAACCUUCACCGACAGACUAUAAAGAUGAGGGAAAGAUUAGCACUGUCUCCAUCAGAUUACUCAUUGUUCACACAGGGCAACUUCCCACAUGAACCGUUACGGUCCAUUUCACCACACGGCUCCUCCGGGUUCUGCGCUGGGGCCCGUUCUGGCUGGUCCUGGAUGGAGGCUCGCCUGCAGCUGGAGCAGCUCUUCCUGCAGGGACCGUCGGCUGUGGGAGGUCCCUGAGCUUCUCCUGACCCGGUUCAGACGCCGCCGCCGCCGCCGUCAUGACGGUUUGCUAGAGCGACUGCGUUUCUUCUUACGAUAGACGGAUCUUUGGAUCUCGGUAUUUAAAUCCUGUUUUUGAGGAAUCAGUUUUGACUAUUGCAUGAUCUCAUCUAAGGAAAAAAAAAACGUUGGGGGAAUAAUUAUCUGGAUGUUUUAGAGAUUUUGAUAUUUGCAUUUUCAGAUGUUUCCAUUUGUGGGUCAAUAUCCUACUUGCACUGGGCUCGAAUUCAUUGCUAAAGGAUAAAAUUCUUCUUAAUGACCUGUUCUUUAUUGUCCACUGCAAUACUGGUGGUUAUUUACUGUACGAGGACGCGGCUCCUCUUUCUCCAGUUUUAUAGAAGGACGUGGGAACCUAGUUGGUUCUGUUUUGUUCAGAACCAUUAUUUAAUGUUGAGGUGAACCGUUUUCCUCCUGAUACUCGCGUUAGAACUCUGGUGAUGGUGAACCUAAUUAACCGAUGUGUAUUUUAUAGAGGAGUAGCUUGUGAAGGACAGAUUGUUUCCCGGGUUGAGCUGGUCUGGUCUCAAGCUUCACCGCGACCUCGGCUCCAGGAAGUUCAAACUGUGACAGAACUUGACUUUGACGAAUCAGAAGCCUUGCGUGUUCUUUCUUGCUUUCUUUUUUUAAUAACCCUUCAGUGAUUGACCCGGCACCCCCCCCCCCCCCCCCCCCCCCCCCCCCCCCCCCCCCCCCCAAAGCCUUACAAGGAGGGGGAGGUGCGCUGUUGUCUGUCAGAGGAGAGCCACCGUGUCUGCAAUAAUAAGGCCUCCAUUAUUUCCCAUAUCAGAGGGCGAAGGUCACACAGUCGGACUCUCUGCGUUGUAUCGUUGCUGUGUGAUGACCAACCGUUGUCCUGAAGGAUGUUUUCCUGUCUAUUAAAAAGAUUUUUUUAUUCCUGA